CUCCAAGACCUUUCUUUCCCCCUGUAGCAGCUGCCAUCUGAUCCCAUGCUUUGGCUUUGAAUGGAGCGCCCUGAGAGAGCCAGAUGUUGUGAACAAAGGUCUAAAAAUAAUCUGUCCAGUGAUCAUGCAAGGGGAAUAUGUGCCUCGUGGGAACAGGAGAUGGGAGAAUCUGAUCUAUCCUUGAACAAGAAAGUUCAACAGCAGCUCCUGGCUCCUGAUUCUGGGCUCCCAACGUUUUUUUGUUUGUUUUUUUUGCCUCCCAGAAGCUGCCCAGCAAAGAGUCGGUUGCUUCAGCAGUCAGUUCUCUCCCUCCCUCUGAUUCGUCCGGCUCCUUGAAAGCUGGAAUCCGUAUUUUUUUUAUUUCUCAUCAGGAACAUGGACUCCAGCAGCAAUCGCCUGGUGCCCAAGCUGCAUUUCUGCAAAAAGAUCUUUGCUGCAGCCUUGUGUGUCUCAAUCUUACUCCCAGAAUCGGGCUUUGCAAAGAAUCUCUGGAAACGUGCUCUCCAUCUGAAACUGGCAGAGAAGUCUGAUGAUUAUGAGUACCCUCUUCAUUCUCACAGUGCCCACUACCAGAAGAAUGACCGCUGCCCCCCGCCCCCGCAGACUUUACCAGAGCGAGCAUGUGAGGUGCCCAGCUGCCGUUCAGAUUCCGAAUGUGAAAGACACAAGCGUUGUUGUUACAAUGGGUGCAUCUAUGCCUGCUUAGAAUCAGUACAGCCACCUCCAGUUUUAGACUGGUUGGUGCAGCCAAAACCACGUUGGCUUGGAGGAAACGGUUGGUUGUUAGACGGACCAGAGGAAGUUUUACAAGCGGAGGCCUGCAGCACCACUGAGGAUGGGGAUGAGCCUCUGCAUUGCCCUACGGGAUAUGAAUGCCACAUCAUCAAUCCUGGCAACACAGCUGAAGGAAUCCCCAACAGGGGUCAGUGCAUCAAGCUACGUGGAAAUCCCGAUGGACGCAACCUAAGGCAUAAAUAUUACAAGGAGUAUUUUGGGAGUAAUUCCAAUAAUGUACUUGGCUAUGUGAAACAACAGCAGAAGCACUUAGGUUAACUUGGAAUCAGAUGCGGCUGCGUUAAAACAACAGGGACAAAAUGAAUCAAUUAACUUUUCAUUAGGCCUAAGUGAGACCAAUUGCUGAGGUUACAUGGUUGGGUAAGAAUAUGUUCUAUGCAAACACCACAGCGAUAAUAAACAUUUAAAUCCCUUUUUUUUAAAAUUUGAUUUUCAUGCAGUGGGACCUAACUAUUAAGGAGCUUUUAAAGAAAGAAAUACCCAGUAGUUGUCUGGUUCAGAUGAACUGCAGCCCUCGGUCUCCAGAUACAGCUAUUCAGCAUCUUCCUGAUCUCUGCAAGUUGUUAAUUAAAGACCUGCCUGGUGCAAGAGCAGCUAUUCUAGAACUCAGCCCGGUGAAGAGGGGGAGAAAUCCAUUCCUUUGACGGCAGCUGUCCUGUUUAUGAGCAGCACAUUUACAAGUGAAACAGAUAACCAGUCUGAUCCACAAUUUCAUUUCAGAUCUGUAUCAGCACAGUACAUACUAUAAUGCACAUGAGGGGACUUGAGUCUGAUUUCGCUUACGUAGGUGUAACUCAGGAGUGACACUGGUAUAAAAAUGGUGCACGCAGGUUUAAAAUCAGGCCCUAGGUAUAUACAGCCUGCAUGAUGUUUCUAAUAUAUGUGUGCUGAAUACAAUCAAUGACUUUCAUACUGCACGUACAUCAUAUUAACAGAACUCAGAGGUUUCUUACCUUAAAGGAAAUGAAUCGACUGGUAGUUUAUGAAUAGCAUGAAUGACUUUAAUAUGUUCAUUAAAGAAAAUGGGACAAAUUUGUCUCUGUUGUGUCACCACUGAAAUCAGUGGAAGCUACACCAGGGAUGAAUUUGCCCCAGUGAACAACUGGGAACAACUAUCCUUUUAUGAUUUAGUCUACAAGGUGAUCUAUGUGUUUAACAGCAUUAGGCUGGAAAUGGCCUGCCAUGAUGCUUUGUCUAAUAUUCCCUUAAGUACUAUGGUAUAUGCAAAUAUUUAUUCUUCCCCUAGAGUUUGGAGUCCCUAUAUAGCAAAGGGGAAGUUGAAAAUACUGAGUGUUUCUUUCUGUUUAUUUUUUGACCAGUUAAAAUUGUCAGGUUUUGAAAAAUUUCAUUCCAGUGUUAAAAGAACAGGAGAGACUGAGGCCAGAAGGGACCAUCGUGAUCAUCUAGUCUGAUCUCCUGCACAUUGCAGGCCACAGAACCCCACCCAUUCCUGAAAUAGACCUCUAAACUCUGGUUGAGUUACUGAAGUCCUCAAAUCAUCGUUUAAAGACUUCAAAUUACAGAGACUCCACCAUUUACUCUAGUUUAAGCCAGCAAGUGAUCCCUGCCUACGCUGCAGUGGAAGGAGAAAAAAAAAACAACAACCAGGGUCUCUGCCAAUGAAAUUCCUUCCUGACCCUCCUCCCACAACCCCCCCCCGUGAAAAACGUGUACAAAACAUUUUAUUAUUUUUAGAUCAGCUCUAGAGCUCAGUGCCCUCAACUCCUAUUGGUUUCAGUCAAUGGUACCUGUUUUAAGGACCUUUCAGGAUCAAACAUCUAGGCUCUGGUCUCAUUGAGCAAAACACUCGAGCACAUGCUUAACUCGAGGUGGGCAUUUUGCUUUGCAGUGCUAGUUAAGCUCAUGGCUGAGUACUUUGCUGGAUAGAAGCUGUAGAGCAGGAAUUUAAUCAUUGCAAAAUGAAUCUAAAAAAACAAAAAGGUGGAAAACUGAUAAAAUAAGGUACUGCUGAAUGUUUAUUGUUUACUACAUGCUGUAGAAAAUCCAGCCUACCUAAUGGUGCUAGGGUGUUAAUUUUUCUUUUAAAGUUCUUUUAAAUUGUCAAACUUAG